UCUCCCCUCCACUUUUUGGCGUCUCCUCUCUUCCGCCGCGGAGGCAAGGGCGCCGCCACCCACGUCUCCCGCCCCAUCUCCCCCGAUUCCGGCCGAGAGCUCCGCAGUCCGAUCGGCCCCUCUCUAGCGCGCGCGUGGCAACUGUAGGCAUAGAUCAAGAUUGUGACAGCCGCCCCAAUCCCGACUGCCACGGCACCGCCGAAGACGAGGAUGGUGAAUGGUGUGGAACAUGCAGCUGGCAAUGCCAACAAUGAACAAGAUGAGAGCACUGACAGUGCCCCUAGUCCACUGCUCUUGGGCGCAAAGCCAAAGAAAGGACUCACUUCCAAGUGCAGCCCUGAGAUUCAGACUCAGAAGAGGCAAAAGAAUCAGGAGGCUAUUCAGAAUGGGUCUCACGAGGAACCUGCAGCACCCGAGCAGAAGAAUCUAGCUUUGCCAGUUCUUUCAACUGAUCAGAAUACGAAGAAUCAAGGGACCGAUCAGAACAUUUCUCGUGAAGAACUCGUCAGGACAUUUGCCAUGCACGGACACGCAACAAGGAUGGUGGAACAAGGUGACUUUUGGAAGCUUGUUGCUGACCUGAAUCCUGCGGUCAAGAUUCCAUCCCGCUUCGGCCUGAAGAAUGAGACCUUUAACUUGUUUGAUCAAGAAAAGGCCAAGCUGAGGGAGAAGUUAACAGCUUUACCAUGCCGUGUUUGCCUGAGUGCAUAUGUGUGGCACCACAGUCCACUGCAGCCAUUCUUGUGCUUGACUGUUCACUAUAUCGAUGACGAAUGGGAGAAGCAGAAAAAUAUCAUCAGAUUUAGCCCCGUGGACCCCUCUUGCAGUGCGGAAGAACUAAGCCGUAUCAUAUUGCGAGCUAUUGGAGAAUGGGGUCUUGAUGACAAGGUUUUCAGCAUCAUACUGGAUGACGCAUUCAUUGAUGAUUCGGUGGCUUUAAAUGUCAAAACUAGUCUUCAGAAAAGGAACAAAGUUGCUGCAAAUCAGAGCUUGUUUGUGGCACGUUAUGCAACUCAUUUACUUGAUGAGGUUAUUCAGGUGGGGCUGGACGAACUUGACACAAUCAUGGAGAAUACCAGCAAGUGUUCCAGGAUGUAUCCCACCCCUUCACUAGCACAUUAUCGCAAGCGCAGAUAUGCAUCAGCUGAUGAUUGGAAAAAAGCACAGAAAAUUUGUAAAUACUUGCAAGACUUCAAUAGAUACAAGGACUUGGUCCAAAUCGCCUAGCCCAGAUAAAGUGUUUGAUAAGGUGUGGAAUGUGAACGAAAAGGUGCUUCGCAAUACUGACAUUGGCAGGUUCAAGACACUCGCCGAAGUCUUUUUACGUGACAAGGAGGAGGAGGGAAUCUCAGUUAUGCGACGGAAUAUGGAAAAGAAGUUCAAGAAAUACUGGAAACUCUGCUUCUUGCACUUUUGUAUGCCUAUGGUCAUGGAUCCUAAAUACCGUCUGGAACACAUCAAGUCACACAUACAAGCCUUCACUGUGCAAAGUGCCUAUACUGUGGACGGCGACAUAGAUGAUUUUAUUUGCGAGGUGCAUGAUGCACUGCUUAACCUCUAUGGUGAAUAUUCAGACCAGGCCCAAGAACUUGACUGCACUUCUUGGUCUAAAAUUAGGAUGGGAAAGUUCAUAGGUAGAGAUAUUCUGCAUGAGUUAUAUCUAUGUACCGAAUAUCCGUAUCGUCAGCGACCACUCACUGAACUCGAUGAUUACUUGCAAGAGGCACCACUUCCAGCAGGCGACUCUAGCUGUGUGCUCCAAUGGUGGAAGGAACAUAGCCUGACCUAUCCUUCGGUUGGUUGGAUGGCACGCGAUAUAUUGGCACUGCCACGCCGUACUGACUGCAAGGCCGCAUCAACAAGA